AAUUUCAGAACAAUUGGAAUUAACUAUUGAACAGCCAAGAUGUAGAAUGAAUUCUAAAUGCCCCUUGCACAUGCACAACACUGCAAAGAAGAUAGACCUAUUUAGGAGUGACAUUUAUAAUAAAGAAGAUCAUGUAAACCACUUUCAAAAUGAUGAUAGAUAUAGGCAGCAACAAAAGCAGCAAGACAGAGUUGGGCAUCUGCGACAAAAAUGUAAAGAAUUGGGACUCAACAAGCCUCUCAAUAUCUCAAAACUAUGGAAAGAUUUUUUCUUUGUGAAUCACAAAUACAAGUUUGUGUAUUGUGCAAUGCCGAAAGUAGGCUGCACAUUUAUGAAGCGUUUACUAUUUGUUCUAGAUGGCAAAACUCAAUCAAAGAACCCAUAUAGUAUUCCAGCAAAAUGGGCCCAUAGUUUACCAUUAGAUACAUUCCAAACCAGAAACACAACUGAGCAAAACAUAGAAAACUAUCUGAAGUAUUACAAAAAGAUUAUGUUUGUUCGUGACCCAAUAAAAAGGCUAAAAUCUGGAUACACAGAUAAAAUAGCAAGUGUAAGGGUGAAUAUGUGGAACCAGGAAGGAAAGCCAAUCAUGAAAACCAUCCGUAAAGAUCCAACAGAAAUUGAUUUGAAAUGCGGCCAUAAUGCUUCAUUCCAAGAGUUUCUUGAUUACAGAAUUAAACAAGAGGAGAGUAGUCAGAAACCAAACAUACAUUUUGACAUGAUGUACAGGACUUGCCAUCCUUGCAUGAUAGACUAUGACUUUAUCGGAAAAAU